GGUGAGAACAGUUUGAUUCAUUUUGAGUACAAACAGGAUUGAAAUCCGUCAGUUAAUCUAACCACAACAAUAGCUGUCGCUUUAAAUGCAGUGGUAAAUCCUGACCACAGCCGUCUGAGGGAUUGAGGAGUUCUCUAUGCAGCAGCCUGUGUGCAGGGACCUCUCUGUUUAUGUGCUCCAUUUCUCCUUAGUUACCCCCCCCUCCCCAAUACUCCCGACCAAUACCCCACCCCUCCCCACUGCACAGAGCAAAUCCACAGCCCGCAGUGCCUGAUGCCAGUGCUAUCUCAAAGAUUCAUAAAGGCAAUAUCAAACUCUCGGCUCUUCGGGCAGGACUAACUGGACGGCAGUGAGGGAAACCUAAAGUAAGCAAGGGUUCUAUCAAGGCACUUCAGGCAUAUAGAAGAAGAAGAAGAAGAAGAAGAAGAAGAAGAAGAAGAAGAAGAAGAAAAAAGCUUUAGCAGAGCAGCAGCUGGUACCGGGCUUGAAAGCAGGAGAGGGGACCGCAGCCGGACGGCGGAAAAAAGAGCAGAGAAAAGUGACUGGAAUGAUAAGAUGAGAAGCAGGCGUGUGCUGCUGAAGCCGCCCCCAAGCGAGGCCCUUCUGGAACUGCUGCUGGUGCUGCUUCUGGGCUUGCAUGUCCUAGCCGUGUGUCCCCACAUUUGCUCCUGCAGCCGCACCCACAGGGAGGUGGACUGCUCGUGGAGGGGCCUGAGACAGCUUCCCGACGGCCUGCAGCACAACGUGCGCUCCCUCAACCUGUCCCACAACCGACUCCACGGCCUGGAUGGCCAGCUCACCGCACACACCCACCUCCGCUUACUGGAUCUGUCUCACAACAGGCUGAGCCACCUACCCGCCGGCUUGCCUCGUUCCCUGUGGCAGCUGUAUGCCACCUCCAACCGCCUCCAGCUGCUGGACAAGAACGACACGGUCCACCAGUGGAAUCUGCGGCUACUUGACCUCUCGCACAACAAGUUGGAGCGGGCCGUCUUCAUCAACAACACCCUGACCAAUCUGUGCACGCUCAACUUGAGCCACAAUCACUUCUGGACUUUGCCGACAAACAUGCCGGCGCACCUGGAGAACAUCGACCUGUCACACAACUUGCUGGCGACGGUGCUGCCGGGAUCUCUAGACCGGCUCCUCCGUUUAUCUCACUUCUAUCUGCAUGCCAACCGCUUGUCCACGCUGCCAUUAGGAGUUUUUGACAGGAUGUCGUCUCUUAGGGUCAUCACCCUGGGCGACAACCCUUGGGCUUGCCACCUUUAUGCCGACAUCACCCACUUGCUGUCCUGGACGCAACAGACGCCUGCCCGCGUCCUGGGAUGCCCCUGCCACACCCAGCCGGUCUGUGGAGGGGUGCGCCCCGGCAGAACUGGAGGGUGGCACUAUGCCUCCUACAACCUGCCCCCUCUUGCAGCAACCGCCCCGGACCUGAGCUCCAUGCCGCCUGAGGCCAGUGCCACCGGAUGGUGGCACUCGUCUGGUUCGGCGCUAAGAAGCACCCUGGACACCCCAAAUGACAUCCCCUUACGCACCUCCACCCAGCAAAGCAGAAGCACAGGCACACGGCUAACGACCUAUCAGCUCUCUGCAUCUGUCAGCCCGCUCCACACGGAUUCCACCGACUCGGCCCACGUCACCGACGCAUCCCCUUUUCCCGACACGAGUCUCAUCUCUGAAAGGCCCGUCAGGGCAGACACGACACCGGCCACAAGUCAGUUCUUCACAACAGAGAGCGCCUCCAUCCAGACAAAGAAGACAGCAACUCUCCGCACCAGGAGCGUGAGGAGGAAGAAUCAGUCCGUUCCCAGCAGCACCAGCCACGGCGGGCCGGCUCCGCCGACCUUCUGCUCUCAGCCUUUCCUCCACAUGCUUCUGACUCUCGUAGUACAACGAGUCCUCUAGAAGACAAAUAUCCUCUGCCUAAACAAAUACAGCACACACGCACAAGCGCUGGCUAUUCUAAUACUUGUAUGUUUGUGUAUUACACACUUUUGAGAAAAAAGAUAAUUUAGAGUUCCAUAUUUAACAAUCCCUGCUAUUCUCAGUUUGGUAUAAUGCUAUUUUUUAUAAUAAUUGGCCCAAAAAAAGGAUUACCUUUUAUAGCAACCUUUUUUACUAGCCUCCAAAAGAAAAAAAAAUAUAUUGUAAUGGACAUAGCAAAGCACAUGGUGGCACUAUACAUCCAGGUACGAUUUUCCUAUCUAAAUGAAUGUAGCAUUGUUGCUUAUCUGCAACUACGGUCCGUACGAUUCAAUGAUGCCCAGCGCACAUUAUGAAUGCUUUUUUGUUGUUGUUGGAAUUUGGCAGAUGUUGCUUUGGUCACAUUGUGAUCAUAUUUCUUUUUGUAUUUCAUUGCACUGGCUUUCAACAAAAGCAUGGCACUCAAAAUGUUAAAUCACUGAGACUCUUUUGCCAAUUUUAAUGAAUGGAUAACCUUGAUGUCUGCUUAUGUCUUUUCAUCUAAAAAAGCAUAUCACUGACCAAAGGAGAGAUCUCUUCUUGGCAAAGGAUGAAUGUAAAAAACUGCUCAUGCCAAAGGCCAAGGGCAUGCCAGGCACCACAGCGGACUCUGAAGAGCGAGGGCGGUGAGCGGAUAAAUGGACAAUGUUGCAUCACUAUCUUUAACAAACUGAGUGCCAAGUAGUAGCGCUUCUGUAUUUCGAUCACAUCUCAAACUUAAGUGUCCUUCAUGAUUCAGUGAUGCUCGUGAAAAUGAUUUGCAUGGUGAUUGAGCGCUCCAGGUAUGCUAACCUAUACUGCAAUAUUGCUGCAGAGCAUCAAAGCACAGACUUAGGAAAAAUACAGCGGAAUGCUUUGUACUGGGCAGCUUCUUUAAAUAAAACUAAUGAGACAUCUAUGAUCUUUUGAUGAUAGUUUGAAUUGUUUCAUGCCACAUUUACUAAACUGCUAAGACAGAUGUUUUUGUGUCUUCUCCCGGGAGAGGGAAACGACCACAUCUCUCAUGGGACUUUGACAUAGGUGUCAACCCUCAUGGGGGCUGAAGUUGUUCUGUGCUAUAAAAGAGAUCAGAACAGUUUCUCACUCGAAUUUUCAAUACGCAAUGAUUUGCUUUUAAGUGCGUUUAUUGAGGGAAAGUUCACUGAGUACAAAGGCACUUAUUCCGGAGAGACCUUGCUUGGCUGCUCAGAACAAACAGAGUCUUAUCUGUAGGUCAUUGGGCAAUCAAUCUGUGUCUAAGUUUGUUUUCUAAAAGAUCAGUGGAACAAGAAUCAAUCUACUUUAUUUAAGACCAGCAUAACAGCUGACGUUCAGCCAGUUGUGACAUGAAUCCAGAAACUAUUUUUUCAAAUGAGAAUUAAGUCCCAUCUUUUUGACACAGAAAAAAUACUAUCCAACUGAAUACAAUGACAUCCUGUUUAAGCUUUACCCAUUGUGAUAGUGAUAGAAACAACUGAUCAUUUUAUUUGCACACCAUCCUUCUUUAAAAAAUUCAAAUAUCUGCUGAAUAAACGUCUGUAUUUAUAACUGACACACAUCAAGUGGAAACAGGAACUAGUGGUUGGUGUGCUAUAUUUAUGAGCAUGAGUCAAUGCUCAAACUAAGCAAAAUGUACUUUGACUUCCUCAAGUGUCUUUAUCGCCUUUAAAUGUUGUGUGAAUCCCUUACUACUUUACUCCGACAAAUGAUUAUUGCUAGUAUAAAGCACCAUCAAAGGGACAGUUUCCCCCUCUCGCCCUGGUUUAUUGGACAUUAAAACAGAAAUCAGAGCUACUA